AUGCGUUAUCGUGUAUUUUCGUUAUGGUGCGGAUCGGAUCGUCCAGGAUUCUUUCUAGGAACAACACUGCUGGUGGGACUCAUCUCCUUUGUUUAUGCUGCAGGGCUUCAAGCCAGUCUCAGUAUAGGUCGAGGUGGAAAUUUACCACGUUUCAGAGAUGUGUUCCUGUUUGCUCUCAAUCAUGAUGAUUUGCCUGCUUUGCUAGUCAGCAUUUCUCUGCUGCUGCUGUUCAGCCCAUAUCAGGAGCGUCGAUGGGGAACUGUCGCCUACCUUGUGCUCUCCAACCUGACAAUGAUUGUAUUACCUUUCAUUUACACUUUGGUCAUCUUUGCAUUUCGUCUUCAAGCCAGUCGGAUCUGUGGCUACGCUGCCAUUCAGCUGGCAUUGUUUACAGCCCAGUGCCGUCACUUGACGAAGAGGCGGGUGCAAGGUUGCGUGCCAGUUUGGGUUCUGCCCUGGUUGCUGCUGCUGCUUUUGCUGGUCGUGCUGCCAGGGACUCCCGCACUGCUUAAUUUCUGUGCAAUAUGCAUCGGUCACAACUAUAGUCACAGCUUUAUUGGGAUGCUACAGGAGCUGGAGGAAGCCACUGUCCUGACUUUCAUUCCCACUUGGUUGUAUAUUCCCACUCUGUCUAGACUGAGACUGCCAACCUACAGCUCCUCACAGAUAGAUCAUGCGACUUCACCUGCCACCAGGGAGCGCUCAACAUUGAACCACCUUUUCUGGGAGGAGCCACUGUCUCCAUGGAACCAAGGGUCUGAUGCAGAAGCGUUGGAGGAACAGAUGCUGAGGGCUGGAAUACUUGCCUCUUUACAGGAUGUCCCAGAUGAAGUGAGUCGAAAAGUGGAAGUGCCCAAAUCAUCGGUGUCUGCACUGAGACUCCAGCAGUUGGAGAAGAUGGGCUUCCCCACAGAAAAAGCUGUAGUGGCGCUGGCAGCCUCAAAACAGCUAGAUGGCGCUAUCUCCCUGCUUAUAGAUGAUCGUGUUGGCGAGCAGGCUGUGGUUAUAGCCAAGGGGAAGACCCCUCCACCUAAGGACUCCGAGUAA